AUGUCGCCUCUCAAAAACCUCUCCUCACUAAAGAGAAGCAUCGCCCGUCGCAUCCGCCAGGCCCUUGAGGAGAUCCAGGAGAACUUGGCUAAUCGCCAGAGAGCGCCCGUCCCUGUGGCAGUGCCUGUGCCAAUGCGUGGACGUGGUGGCUACCGCUUGCCUAUCUCAAAUACCGUGUUUGCUGGUGGUGUUGGCGCCGGCGCCCGCUCUUCCGCAUUUGGUGGUGCUUUCAGAGGCUUUUCCACCCUUCACGGCGCUUACCGUGGCACCCGCUACUACUCCACGUACACGUCACGGUUCUCUGGCUUCUCCAAUAUGCGUUGGUCGCGCAUCAAUACGUCCAUCAUCUUCCACAACUUCUCGUCGCGUGGCCAGUUCCGCCUGAAGCUGUUUACAUCAUUCUAUAAGGCGCCAACUUUGACAGAGCUCCUCAAGAAGAAGUUCCAGGUGCACGACGAGUCUAAUCCAUGGAACUCGGCCCGACCCAUGGCCUACGCUGCAAGCACCGCCAUGGAGCAGGUGCCACUGGCUCUCAGACUUAACGUUCUGUUGACUCAGAAGUUCCACGACAUGGUGAUGGACCUUGCACGCUCCGACUCGGAAGUUUCCCAGGGCUGUUUCGUGGACUUCAAGGUUGAGCCUAAGCUCUUGAUUCCUCAGACAUCUAUGAUGAGCGGAGAGUUGUUGGCAGAGCUCCUCGAUAACUUGAAGCGUUUCGAGCGCCAUAUUAUGGACUUGCAGAAGGACUUGGCUCGCCUCAGCGAGCUCGGCGAGCUUCCACUCCGCUUUCUUGCAAGCUCCAACACCAUCCGCGUGUAUUUUCCUAACUGUGAUCGCGAGAAGUUGGAAGCACUUUUACUUGAGAAGAAUGUCAUGAGUGGCAUUGUGCACGAGGAUAUCCGCGACGAGUGCAAGGACUUCAGUGACGAAGUUUCGUCAGUGAGUGAGUUUGACAUUUUGAGCAGCUGCAACAUGCUGACGCUGUCUGGAUCAGGCUCUGAGUCGAGCUACGAUGAUGUGUUGUCUUCGUCUUGUGAGUCGCAGGCCAAACAAGACCGGGUUGAGAUAUACGAGGAGGAUAGUUACUGCUGGGCAUGA